AUUCGCAAUCCGACGGUGGCGAUGGCGUCGGCGCAGAACCAAGCGGCGAAUGUUGAUCUAUUCGAUGCGUAUUUCCGACGAGCCGAUUUGGACCGCGACGGUCGAAUCAGUGGCGCCGAAGCCGUCGCUUUCUUCCAAGCCUCCGGUCUCCCUAAACCGGUCCUUGCACAGAUUUGGGCACAUGCAGAUCGGAGGCAGACUGGUUUUCUUGGUCGGGAAGAGUUCUACAAUGCCCUUAGACUUGUUACUGUGGCACAAAGUAAGCGCGACCUUACCCCUGAAAUUGUGAAGGCAGCUUUAUAUGGACCAGCUGCAUCUAAAAUACCUGCACCACAAAUAAAUUUGAACGCUACAGCAGCACCUGCACCUCAGUUAAGUUCUGCUCCUGCAGUAUCUUCCACCCCAGGCAUUGCUGUUAAUCCCACAUCCUCCCAAAAUCUUGGGUUAAGGGGGCCACAAGUUCCUUCAAAUGUAAAUAUGAACCACCAAGGUUUCUUUUCUCAAGGUCAGACAAUGAGGCCACUAGUGCCUCCAUCUACUACUGCUGCUUCCCAACCAAUGCAGGGUGUUCUUUCACAAGGGUUAUCCCAGGGAGUUUCAGUGGUAGGCUCAAGUCCACCAAACUCGAGCCUGUCAAAUGAUUGGGUUGGAGGAAGGGCAGGUGGAGCUCCAACAGGGAUGCACUCUCAAGUCGUAAAUAGAGGGAUCACUCCCUCUGCAACACAGGAUGGAUUUGGGCUGGCAACAUCUGGACCAACAGUUUCUGUACCAUCUAGACCACAGGCAGCUUCUGGCAUAAUACCAUCAGGGCCACCGGCUAAGGAUUCCAAUUCAUUAACUUUUUCUGGGAAUGGCUUUGCUCCGGACUCAUCUUUUGGAGAUGAUGUGUUCUCUGCAAUCCCAUCUCAACCAAAGCAAAACUCUUCUACAAAUUCACUUCAGUCUGGCAGUAUACCAGUCUCAUCUGCUAUUGUACCAGUAUCUGCUGGGUCCCAAUCUUCUGCUCAUGCAUCUCCGGGUGGCAAUGUACCAUUCUCAUCAGCCAUAGUUCCAGCCGUUUCUGGGCCUCAAUCUUCAGAGAGGCCAAGUGCUAUUUCACCCAUGCUGCCUGUUGGUGGCCAAUCUCAGCAGCCCCGGUCAUUUGCAUCAUCAAACCAGCAGGUCCCCACUCCAGCACCUGGAGUUUCACAUGGAGCUGGGAACUUGGCUUCUGGUCAGUCCCAGAUGCCUUGGCCAAGGAUGGCUCAAACUGAUGUUCAGAAGUACUCAAAUAUUUUUGUGAAAGUCGACACAGACAGAGAUGGGAAAAUCACUGGUGAACAAGCUCGUGACUUAUUUCUGAAAUGGGGAUUACCAAGAGAGGUUUUAAAGCAGGUGUGGGACUUGUCGGAUCAAGAUAACGAUAGCAUGCUUUCUCUCAAGGAGUUCUGUAUUGCACUAUAUCUGAUGGAGCGGUAUAGGGAGGGACGUCCUCUUCCAGCCGCUCUCCCAAGCAGUGUUUUGUUUGAUUUAUCUGGUAUUAUUCAACCUGCAAAUAAUUAUAGCAAUGCUGGCAAUGUAGCUUGGAGACCUGCAUCCGGUAUUCCUUCACACAUGACACCCCCAGCUGGUGGAACGCCUGGCCCUGGCGGUCGACCCCCAGUUGGAGGGAUGCCUGGUCCUGGCGGUCGUCCCCCAGUUGGAGGGAUGCCUGGUCCCGGUGGUCGACCCCCAGUUGGAGGAAGGCCGCCAAAACCUGUUCCUGCUUCUCAUUUUGAGUAUAGGCCGCAGACCAAUCCGCAGAAACCAAGAGUGCCAGAGUUGGAGAAACAUCUUGUAGAUCAACUGAGUGAAGAGGAGAUUAAAUCGUUAAAUUCAAAGUUCAAAGAAGCAACAGAAGCUGAUAAAAAGGUAGAAGAUCUGGAGAAAGAAAUCUUGGAAUCUAGAGAGAAAAUCGAGUAUUUCCGUGUCAAAAUGCAGGAACUUGUUUUGUACAAGAGCAGAUGUGACAAUCGUCUUAAUGAGAUUACAGAAAGGGCAUCGUCCGAUAAACGUGAGGCGGAGGCCCUAGCCAAGAAAUAUGAAGAGAAGUACAAACAAACUGGAGAUGUAGCUUCCAAGUUGACUAUUGAAGAAGCCACCUUUCGUGAUCUACAGGAGAAGAAAAUGGACCUAUACCGGGCAAUUGUCAAGAUGGAGCAAGAAGGUGGUGGCGAUGGCACUCUUCAGGAACGUGUUGAUCGCAUCCAAUCUGACCUUGAUGAGCUUGUGAAAACUCUCAAUGAGCGCUGCAAAAAGUAUGGAUUACGUGCAAAACCUGCAACAUUAACUGAGCUUCCCUUUGGCUGGCAAGUGGGGAUCCAAGAAGGAGCGGCCGAUUGGGAUGAAGAUUGGGAUAAGUUUGAAGACGAAGGAUUCACGUUUGUUAAGGAGCUCAGUCUUGAUGUACAAAAUGUCUUAGCUCCCCCAAGACAGAAACCCUCAUUAGCUAAGAAAGAAAAAACUUCUACAAUUAAGAGUCCAACAGCUGCUUCUCAGCCUAAAGGUGAUGUUGUGUCGGAAAAGCAACAAAGUACAGAUGAAAGGGUAGUUGAAAAUGGAGCAGCUUAUGAUAAUAAUGAAGAUGAAUCAGGAAAAAGUGUUCCAAACAGUCCAUUGGCUAGCAGUACUUUUGGAAGCCCUAGAGAAUUUUCAGAUGCUAACUUCGGAAAGACUACACUCUCACCUCGUGACAAGGAAACUCAUAGUGAUCAUGGGGGUGCUGGGUCUGUGUUUUCUGGUGACAAGAGUUUUGACGAACCAGGAUGGGGUACAUUUGACGCCAAUGAUGACGUUGACUCGGUGUGGGGAUUUAAUGCAGUUAGUACCACUAAGGAUACGGAUCAUGACGGUAAUAGAGACAACUACUAUUAUGGUGGGUCUGGGGAGUUUGGCCUGAACCCUAUCAAGACUGGGUCAUCUCAAUCCAGUGGCUUUUCCCAGAAGAGUCGCCCGUUUACUUUUGAUGAUUCCGUUCCUAGCACUCCACUAAAUUCAGGAUACUCUCCGCCAAGGUUCAAAGAUAGUACAGGACCCUCAUUUGACAGCUUCUCGAGGUUUGAUUCCUUCAGAUCACAUGAUAGUGGAUUUUUCCCUCAAGAAAAGUUUGGAAGAUUUGAUUCUAUGCGCAGUAGUAGAGACUUCGAUCAGGGUCAUGGGUUCCCAUCAUUUGAUGACAUCCCUGAUCCCUUUGGAUCUUCAGCACCAUUUAGGACAUCACUGGAUAAUGAAACUCCGAGAAGAGACUCAGACCCUUUUGGUUCUUCCUCGUCAUUUAGAAUAUCAUUCGACAGUCAAACUCCAAGAAGAGACUCAGACCAUUACGGGUCGUCAGGUCCAUUUAGGACAUCAUUUGACAGUCAAACUCCAAGAAGAGAUUCAGACCCAUUUGGUUCUUCAGCGUCAUUUAGGACAUCAUUCGAUGGUCAAACUUCAAGAAGAGAUUCAGACCCAGACCCUUAUGGGUCUUCAGCUCCAUUUAGGUCGUCAUUUGACGGCACUCCAAGAGCAGACUCUGACCCUUACGGAUCUUCAGCACCAUUCAAGACAUCAUUUGACAGUCAAACUCCGAGAAGAGAUUCAGACCCUUUUGGGUCCACUGGCCCUUUUAAAUUAUCAAUGGAGAGUCAGACUCCAAGAAGAGACUCUGAUAAUUGGAGUGCAUUUUAGCCGUGGUAAGUUUUGUUAGUGCAGGAUAUUCAUGGACUGGUUUGUCUGCUCUUAUUUUCUCUAUGGACACAUAGGGAUCUUUGGCUCCGUUCUGGACAUCAUUCGACAGUCAAACUCCAAGAAGUGAUUCAGACCUUCUCAGGUCUUCAGGGUCUUUAAACUAUCAAUGGAGAGUUAGACUCGGUAAUUGGAGUACAUUUUAGCCGUGGAAAAGUGCGGGAUAUUGUUGGACUGAUUGGUUGCCCUUGUUUCCGGUGCUUUGAGAUUACUGAAAGCUUGUAUUGUAUUUUUGUAUUCAUCUUUUGUAUGCCUAUUUCUUUAAUAGUUUUUUUUGGUUCUUGUUCAGCUUGUUGGAUGACUUUUUUUCUGUUUUCUUUUUCUGAAUUUUCCUAGUCCUGUUGAAGCUGAUGCCAUAGUUUUCUUUUUCCUCACCUCUUUACACACUUGAUGAUUGUAUUAUUAAUUGAGUUGUAUUUUUUGGCUUCGCCAUAUUCUUCUCUCUGGAAUAAAACUCGUGUUUUUGGUCCCUCGAACAGGAGUGCAAAUUUUGCUAAUACAGUACAGGACAUUUAC